GAGCGGAUGUAGGCUUUGACGUUGGGAAGGAGGGAAGGCCAAUGGAAAUAACGGGAGAUGAUAUCAACCAAGGUGGCCAGCGGUCUUGGCGUCGUGGUGCUCGACCAAGAGCUGGGUGCGAAGGCCACGGGCGUCAGGGAUGUAGAGUCGACGGGUGCCUUUGGUUUCAAUGUAGAGAAGGUUGUCGUGGAGGGCGUAGUCGGAGACGGGGUCGAGGUCACGGAGCUUGUUGUAAAUGGUGGAGAAGUCAGGGCAAGAGAGGUAUCCUUGGGUGUAGCGAUGGUGGAGCGAUGGCAGGAGCUGGAUGUGGGUCAUGGCGGCGUAGACUUUCUCAACGGGCUUGUGGUCGGGACGGCGGGAGAGGGCAUCGACAACACAGUUGCUUUUGUCGGGGGUGUGGCAAAUGGUGAAGGUAAAUUGGGCAAGGAAGUCGAGCCAGCGGGCUUGGCGAGGGGUGAUGUCUUUCUUGGUAAGAAUAGAGGAAACGACGGUGUUAUCGGUACGGAUGGUGAAAUAUUGCCCGUCGAGGUACGGGCGCCAGACUUUGAGGGCGUAGACCACGACGAGGAGCUCCUUCUCGUUGGAUGGGUAGUUCAUUUCUGCGGGAAGGAGUUUCUUGCUGGCGAAUGCGAUGGGGUGCUCGUCGGGUGGGCAUUGGGAGUGAGUGGGGGAGUCCUUGAGGGAGGGGGUUUUCGCGGGGUCGUGGGAAAGGUAUUCUACGCUAGAGGCAGCAAAUGUGCAUUUGCCGAGCUUGGCGUAGAAUUUCUGGUCGCGGAGGAUGGUGAGAACUUGGCGGAGAUGAUCAAGGUGGGACUCGAAGGUGGGGCUAAAAACAAGGAUGUCGCCGAGGUAGAUCACGACACAGACUUCGAGGAGGUCGCGAAAGAUGUGGUUCAUGGUGGAUUGGAAUGUGGCGGGGGCGUUGGUGAGACCGGAAGGCAUUACGAGAAACUCGUAGUGCCCGAAGCGGGAGCGGAAGGCGGUUUUGUGGGUGUCCUCCUCGCGGAUGCGGAUCUGGUGGAAGCCACUGCGGAGGUCGAUCUUGGUGAAGUAUUCGGCUCCACGAAGGCGAUCAAGAAGUUCGGAUAUCCGGGGAAGCGGAUACUUGUUCUUGAUCGUGAUCCGGUUCAAUGUGCGGUAGUCUGUGCACAUGCGGAGUUCCGAGGUGCCGUUUUUCUUGACGAAGAGACAGCUGGUGCCGAAGGGGGAGGAGCUAGGCUUAAUGAAUCCUUUUUCAAGGAGUUCAUUGAGUUGGCACUUCAUUUCUUCGGCCUCGGGGAUGGAGAGCUGGUAUGGGGGGCGGCAAGGGGGGAAGUGGCCGGGCUCGAGAUCGAUGGUGUGGGAAACACCUCGGUCGAGAGAUUGGCCGGAGGAGGGGGGUUGGGGAUUUUGGUUGGAAGAAGAUGGUUGGCCGGUUUGGCCGGCGGAGGUGGAUUGGAUGGCUUGGCCGGAGGAGGAGGGGGGGAUGACAUCGUGACGACGGUGAUGGCGGGUGUGUGGUUUUCGAGGGAGGUGACGCGAUCGGAUAUGGAGGUCAUGGAGGCCUCGAUUUUGUGGAGCGAGGCAGAGAGCGCUUGGAACAUGGAGAGGAGACAUGUGUUCUCCCCGGUGCCAAGCUGGUCGAUAAGUUCGCAGUGGAUAUCCUCGACGAAAUCCACGCGGAGCGAGCCCAUGUUGAUGCUCGAGGUGCCUUCGGCCAUGGGGAGGGACGAAGGUGGGGCAGAGGGAGAAGAUGGAGUGGAGGGGACAACGGAGGUGGCAGCAGCGGCGGAGGUGGCAGCAGUGGCGGCAGCAGCGGCGGCGCGUUGGGAGGUCUUGGAUUGGCGGUGAUCCUCCGUCGAUGUUGAAGACCGAAGCAGCAACUUGGAGCUCUUCGAUGCAGAUAUGGCAGCCUCCAACCAAGUCUCCCUCUUGAGGGGAAGCCCAAAAGUCACUCAGUGUCUUCUUGAAGUCCAGAUUCCAGCGCCCAUACUACGAAUGGCAGAUCCUAUCUACCCAAUCUACAAUGGCGCUGGUGACGUUAACAACUCCCCGAAGUACGAGCAGAUCUCGGCCAAUGCCGUUCGCCUCAAGCACCAGGUCUUGGAGAAGUUGAGAGAAGCUAACUUCAAGAUCAAUGCGAAGAAGUGCGAGUGGGCCAAGACACAAGUCCUGUACUUGGGCCACGUGUUAGACGGAGAUGACAUUAAGCCUGAGGACAAGCUGGUAGGGCAAGGGAAAAAUCUGAUCAUGGCAGAAUGGAGAGCAAGUGAGAUGGCCAAGGAACGGGAUGAACUUCUUGCCGCUCUUAAGGAGAAGGAUGUGAAGAUGCGUUAUCUCGAAGCUGCCAAGGGAAAGGCUGCACAGAAACUCAAGCAGACAGCACAGUGGCUUGAGGGUUUUCGCAACCAAUCUGAAGCAAUGCUUUCAGAGAUUGACAGUCUGAGGACGGCUCUUGGGAGCAGGGAUGCAGAGUUGGUGGUUCUGAGAGCAGAAAUUGGCAGGUCUACUGAUGAGGAGAAGGGCUUGCGAGAGCGGCUUGCUGGGAAAGACUAUGAAAUAAAAAUACUCUGUGUUGAGGUAGCUGAACUCAGAAGGAAGGUGGAAAGUUCGGAGCAGUUACUGGGAGAAAAGCAAGCAGAGGUAGAGGAAUUGUGCACAAAGCUUACCUCCACGGCGACGGAAAUGGAGACCCUGCGCUCGACUGCAGAGUGGCGAGAAGCAGAGAUAAAUGAGCUACGGAAAGAAACAGAGGGGUUGAUUGCAGAAGCUGAAGGGUGGCAGACUGCAACAGCAAGGAAGGAAGUUGAGGUGGUGGAGGCCAGAAAGAGUUUGGAUUCGGCAACAGCCCAAGUGCGGUUACUGAUGAGUAACCUUGACCAUAAAGACCUGGAGGUGACAAAAGUGCAUGCUGACCUCAAUGCUGCAGUGGAGGCCGCAAAGGCAGCAGAAGGACGAGUGGAAUCCAUGAAGAAAGAGAUGGAAGAUAUCAAAAAGAAAAUGGAACAGAACAAAAGGUUGUUUCCAAGUCAAGUGCAGUCACACCCGCUUACGGCAGCAACAAAUCUAGGUCUAACUCCAUCAGGAUCGACAGUGAGUGUUAUGAAGCGAUCUAUUGGAUCACGGAGUGUUGACCUUGAAGCUGCCUUGCCGGUCACUGUCGCUGAUCUUCUGGAAGAGCAAGAACGUGGUUUUCGGACACUCACAUCAGUCACGGGUUGCCCACGGGUUGUACGGCCACUUGCAGACCAGAUCGAUAGGAUGAGGAUGUCGUUGACAUCCACGUGGCCAUCCAUGGUUGGGGGCAGCAUAGAUCUCCGUGAUGGGAACGGUGCUGUCUCAGUGAAAGGUGCAAGCUUGGAGGCGUGGAAAACAGGUUGCAAUCAUGGCUUCUUGAGAUUUCUUGAUAUGCUCGACAGUCUGCUGCAACAGUUUCUCAUACUGGACACCAAAUUCAAUGAACGUGGUUUUCGGACACUCACAUCAGUCACGGGUUGCCCACGGGUUGUACGGCCACUUGCAGACCAGAUCGAUAGGAUGAGUCUUAUUGGUGCGCGGAUGUUACGAAGGGAGCCGCUUGCAAGAGUUACCCUGCUUUGCUACUGGUUAGCCAUGCACAUGUGGGUAGCCAUCUCGCUUUCAACAAUACGUGUUUGAAAGACUUGACGUUCAGCCGCAACUUUUCAGCAGAUCCCUUCAUGCCCAGCCAAUCAAACUGUCUCAAUAGA